AUGGACUUCCGAUACCAAGUCCAAGCUUACCACAUUGACAACGAUGAUCUUUGUAUAAUAUCUUCUGUACUGGACAAGUUUCAUGUGCACAAGCAUAAGGGAAACAAGCCCAUUGACAAUUGGCACAUCCCCAAGUUAGAACUCAUGCAGAGCAUUGUACCAAGUGUGAAGCAUGUCAGGGUCACCAUCCAAUGGACUGCCGAUGUAACUGAACAUGCCCAUGUAUUGGAGAUCAAGACACCUGCAUCAGCUAGCAAUAACAAUAACUACAAUCCUCAAAUUUGCUGGUACCUCGAUCACACUGAAAAAUGUAGGAUGUUUGAACUCGCAACAUCAUUAUAUGAAUUGAAGACUCAAUCCCAUGGUCGUGUGGAAGAAAAGUCCUUGGAGGUUGAGGAUGGGAGUUCUGAUGAUGGCAACAGUGAGAUCAGUGAUCAUGAGGAGGUGAAUCUAGUUUCCAAGAUGCCAGGUCCCAUGUGGCCUGUCACCAAUUACUUCGCCAUCCCUGUGCGCCUCAGGACCCAGGAUCCAGACUCCAUUCCCUUCCCCUUGCAUAGUUUUAUCACAGAUGCUGCCCUUGUUGAUUUUCUAAAUCAUGAGAAGGUGUAUGGACCAAGCUCUGUGCACACUAUAAGUGGGCAAUGUUGGGGAUCAAGCUCUUCAACCCUGCCUUUUACCAAUCUGCAGGUUUGGUACAAGAUGCAGCUGCAGAACAUGGCAAUACAUGAUAUCAUGGACAUCCUCCCUGCCCAGACACUCUUCUGUUCUCCACCUUGUGAGACCUGGACCCUUGGCCACUAUGAUGCAGCUAUCAUCAAUGUGGACCCCUGUUUCAAAUGGCCAGAGAGCAGCCUGAAAGGUUCAUGGUCCACACUACUUUUCUGUGUCACUCACAAGAGUAUCUUAGGUCAUGUUGUUGGCCAGCUCCAUCUCCUGAUGCACCCUUUUGGCAAGAGGGGGGUAAGAUGGUUGUGGACAGACCAUUUUUUGGUCUACAUACAACAUGCAACACACCUACAUAUCCUUAGGCAUGCAAAGAGAGCAAAUGGCCAAUGUCUUGGCGAUGACAUCCUGCUCAGUCAGGUCUGGGUGUUCGCACAUCUCAUACCUUGCUUUGGGCAAACUGCAGAUAAUCGAUUGAUGGCAUACAACUCCUUUGAGCAUUCUACUGAAUUCUAUCUCAACAAAUACUUCAACAAAAAUAUGUACUUUGCCCUAAGUCAUUCAGACUCUCCUCCCAUCUAG